ACUGACGCUCAUCAUGAUGACAGGCUACAGUCACCAGCAGAUAUUGUGUAAGCGAAAGAACAGGGAAUGUGAGGUUGGGAAAAACCAGUGCUGCAGAGACUUGGUCUGCAAGCAAAAGGAUAUGACAUCUUUCAAAACAACAUGUCAGGCAAGCGAUACAACAUGCAGGGCUGAAGACCAGACAUGCAACCCAGACCGCAACUCCAUAUGUUGCCCAGGUUUCACAUGCGAGAGAAGCAUGUUGGGUGUUAAGAGAUGCAAAAAGUUUGAGCUAUGUAAAAAUCUCGGCGUUGCCUGUACUCCUGGCCUAUCGAGUGAGUGCUGCACUGAACUAACGUGUCAGCGGAAGCCAGGAAGCAUCCUAGGGCAUGAGUGCCAACUCAACUGUAAGGGAAAUAACGAGAGGUGCACGGCUGGCGUCAUCGACUGCUGCUUCCCUUACAGGUGCAAGCAAAUGGGGGCACUAACCGGAACUGUCUGUCAUCUCUAAACAUCAAAAGCACCAACAAUCCUGACUGACAUCAAGAAAACCCAGUAGGAGACCCUUGAAGAAAAAGAAAAAGAUGGCAGAUGAAAGCAACAAUGCAUUGCAUCAGUUGCAUGGGACAGG